AUGGACAAGGACCAGCAGAAGCAACCGUUGGUUAUCAAGUACCGGAAAAACUAUGGGACGUCUGCCAGCUCGCAACCGUUCUUGCCCGCGGCAUCACAACCGACCGGCUCGUCGGAGCAGCAGCUGCCACCUCAGCGGUCCAUCAUCUAUUGCGUGCACGGACAGCUGGCCGACUCCUGCUGUGAGCUGCCAAACGAGCUCAGCAUCAGAAAGAUUGACUCGCACUGUCACAAACCACGGCCGGAAGGGAUCGAUAAGAUAGCACGGAAGAAGCUCAUGCUGGCGAGUGUGCUUUGCGUCAUUUUUAUGAUUGCCGAGAUAAUAGGUGGUAUUUACUCGAACAGUCUCGCAAUCGCGACAGAUGCAGCCCAUCUUAUGGCGGACUUGGCCAGCUUUAUGAUAUCCCUGCUUGCCCUAUGGAUAGCGGCAAGGCCGUCGACCAAGCGGUUAUCUUUUGGCUGGUAUCGAGCGGAAGUGAUUGGCGCGCUAGUAUCGGUGUUGAUGAUUUGGGUCGUAACGGCAAUAUUGUUUUAUCUCGCAGUGCUGAGAACAAUCAACAGAGACUUUGAGCUCGAUGGGGAAGUAAUGUUGAUAACGUCCGGCCUAGGAAUAUUGGUGAAUGUGAUUAUGGGCGCAACGCUACACAACCAUGGCCACAGCCACGCGGGCGGUGGACACCACGAGGAGGAAAACAUCAACGUACGGGCAGCAUUCAUCCAUGUGCUGAGUGAUUUCGUGCAGAGCCUGGGCGUGUUUAUAGCGGCGUUGGUGAUUUAUUUCAAGCCCGGCUGGAACAUCAUUGAUCCGAUCUGCACGUUCGUGUUUUCGCUGCUAGUGCUCGCCACAACGAUUGCCAUCAUGCGAGAUGCAAUUGUGGUUCUUAUGGAGGGCACCCCGAAGUAUCUCGAUUACACCGAAGUUAUGCAAACGUUUCUGCAAAUUGAGGGCGUCGUAAGAGUACACAAUCUGCGCAUUUGGGCUCUCAGUAUCAACAAGAUAGCACUCGCUGCUCAUUUAGCUGUCGAGCCAACCACCAACACGGAGCUUGUGCUGAGGGAGGCCACCCAAACGGUUCACGCUAAGUACAGAUUUUUCGAAACAACACUGCAGAUAGAAGAGUUUCAACCCGAUAUGGAAGAUUGCAAUCAGUGUUCGAAUCCAAUUUAG